AGAUCAGUGUUGUAAUCCCGUCGACGAUACUAUCCGAUACUAUCCAAACAGUGCUAUUUUCUCCAAAGAGAUGGCACCACUGUACGCGCCAGCUUUUAUCUUUCGCGGGAAGUAUGGACGGGGAAAUUGCACGUAUCUCCAUCGGAAAUGUGAAACAAGAACAACCAGCAGUAACUCACUUGAUGCCCUGCAAAAUUGACCACGAUGGGAAAUGCAAUGUAGCAGCUUAUUUCACACAUACGAUUAAUCAUAAUGAAGCAUCCUUUAGAGGCAGACCUCUAAGAGGACAAGAUGUCAGACUACCAAAUGGUUACACAGGCAUAUGUCUCCGAGAAGCCACACCAGUUUAUGCUGAGGGCAGUGAAGACAAGGUGCAUCGUCGUUUUCACAUCACUGGAGAAUUUAGUCAGUUCACCUACUGGAAUCUUGACAAGGAAACUACGGACGACGAUGCUGUCAUCAAGGCUCUUAAUUGGGUUGAACUUGCAUCCGUGAUACAUGCCCCAUUGGAUUGUUCAUUGAAGGAUGGGUGUUCACAGCCAAAUACAACAAAGAAAUCUUCCUGUGUUUAAUAUCACUGAUGCAAACACUUAGGAUGCUACAUAUCCAAAACCAGAAUAGUCUUAAAUGUUAGUGUUCCUUUAUUGUUUAUAAACACUUUUAACAAAAUAUAUAUGCUACGACAUAUGGAUACUAAUGCUAUUAACUGGCAUUCAAUUUUUCUCAUAGACCAUUGACAGAAACAUGUUAAAAAGUUAUGACUUUCUCAUAUAUGCAGUGUAUAUAGAGGUCCAGUAUAUGAGAAAAAGGCUAAAGAAAUGUAUAUGAGAAAAGACUAAUGUUAAAAGGCUAAUUUUGUUUCUGACAAUGGGCCCUUGGUCCUUCAAGUGAAUUAGUGAAUUUGAAUAUUGAAUAACUGAAAUAUUGUCGCUAACGAAUAUGUUUUGUACCCAAUCUCAUAUCUUAUGACAGCAAUCAUUUCCUUGUCUAUCUCACAGAGAUACAAUUUCACAGUGGAUGUGAGAUGCUACGUACAUGACUGGAAGUGAAUGGGAGUGGUUCAUUCUGAUUGGCUGAUAGUAAUCACAUGAGCACAUCGGAUCUUUACUCGUUGAGCGAGAGGCUCUUCGCAAUGAAUAAUGUGAAUCAUCAAAUAAUUGUUUAUUUUUCAUAAGGCAGGGUUCUCAAUAAAUUUAUAGAAAUAA